AUGGAAGUAGACCUUGAGGAGGUCGAUGACAAUGAGGAUAACGACGAGAAUGAUGAGGACAGCGACCUCACGGCCCAGCCAUUGGAUUGUCUUCUCCAUUCAGACCCUGACGAGUUUGUCAAGUUCUUCUCCACGAUUAAUGUGUCCCGUAUUGUUGAGGCCACUGGUUCAUUUGCUCCCGCUGUGUCUGAGGGCGGCAGCCGUAACGGUCCAACCAAGUUCACUGGAAGUGUGGGAAAGGCGCAUGUGACUACAGUACUGCUCGCAAGUCUGUCAUGCUCGAGCAUCUGGCCCGAUGCACCGGUGUGA